AGCCGCUCGGAUUGCCGCCUGAGGCAUAGUCCCAAAAAGAACCGGAUCACGUGCAUGGACCGGAACGGGCGGUGGUCUUUAUGCCUCAGGCUGGAUUUAAGGCAUCAAUAUCGGAUGUUUUUGGGAAAGUUCACCCGCGAACCUCCCGUUUUGCACACCAACGUCGGGCCAUCUCUGUUCAGCUUGACUGACCCUGCGAACCCCCCUCCACUCCACCUCCACACCGUCAAUUGGAAUCGCCCGUCGCUGCUCGUCGGUUUAUUCACCAUGUCGGCCCCUUCUAUCGCCAACUACAUUGCCAAGCGCCCAUUCCUGAGGCGCUGGAUGCAGCCCAUUGCCAACUGGUAUGUCGACGCUGCUGGUUACAGGAAACUCGGUCUCAGAUUCGAUGACCUUAUCCCCGAGGAGAACAUGACCGUUCAGACUGCUCUCAAGCGUCUUCCCCCUAAGGAGGCCUACGACCGUGUCUUCCGUAUCCGCAGAGCUUUCCAGUGCUCUGUUUCGCACACCCUUCUUCCCGUCGAGGAGCACACCAAGCCUAGCGAGGAUGUCGAGUACCUGGGCCCCCUUAUCCGCCAGAUCGAGAAGGAGAACAAGGAGCGUGAGGACCUCGACAACCUUGCCGUCAAGCGGUAAAUGGCUACGUGUGAUGUUACCGUGGAAAAUAUAAAAUCUGCCCUAGGAUAUAGACGUGUGGGAUAGGAUGAUACAAGAUUUGUUCCUUUCGGCUUUAUGCUCUGUCGGAGAGAGCAUUUGCCAAAUGUUGCUUGAGCCUUUGGAUUUACGUCGUGCAAACCACCUGUACUGAUACUGUACAAAUUUAUUCUCCUUCUUCACCUACUUUGUCCAGUUCGAUUAUAUCGUGCGAGGACCGCUUCCUGCUGUCCAAAGCCAAUCGCGGAUAUAAACUAAAUAAUCUCUAUAUCUAUACUGAUAUAGUAUAAACCUGGGUCUGUCAU